AUGAGUUUGAGCGGUACCAAUGGUAGAGUUCCAUACGACGAGGAGGUGGGGUUUUUACCAACCUUAAAAGAUAGUCCUGAUACGAAUGAAAAUGAAGCAGGACAAAAAGACACCUAUCGUUUACUUACAAGAGAAGACUUGAUGCAGCUAGACAGCAAAGAGCCGUUGUGGUUACGUCUUAGAUGGGGUCUAUUUAUAUUGUUUUGGAUUGUUUGGAUUGGACUCCUCUUAGCGGCAAUCUUAAUAAUAGUGUUCACUCCCAAGUGUCCUCCAAGACCUGUUCUGCCUUUCUGGAGAUCAAGUACUGGGUAUUGGGUCAACCCAUUUGCUUACGCGGAUUCUACCGGUGACAAAAUCGGAGAUCUACGAGGCUUGGUCGAAAGACUCGGAUAUAUCAAAAGUACUAUAGGUGCGGGAUUCAUUGUCCUCAGUUCUAUUUUCUCCGGUCAGUUUACUAAUGACCAGAAAACAUUGGGUCUUGUGGACGAUUUCUAUACUAUUGAUCCUGCAGCUGGUACUAUGGAAGAUUUUAAGUAUUUUGUGAGGUCAUGCCACAAAAAUGGUAUUCAUGUGGUCUUGACCAUGGACUUUAAUUCUGUCUCUGCGAAACAUUCAUGGACUGAUUCAACGUCUAUGCUCGAACCAUAUCCGAGUGGUGGACGGAUUUCCCGUUUAGGUGGCGAUGCAAGAACCGUUAUACAAGGCACCGGAUAUUACUCUGUUUUUGGUUCACAGUUUGUUGAUCUUAAUCUGAGAGAGUCAGUUACAUUAGAUCGUGUUUCUGAUGUGGCAAAGUUUUGGCUCAAUGAGGGCAUAGAUGGCAUUCUUUUAGACAAUGUUGCUUUCUAUGUUGAAAACAGUGCAGAACCCACCACCCCGAUUACAAAAGAGUUGGGUUCAAAAUGGUUUGCUGAAUAUCCGACAUCACAAAUUUACCUGAAUGAAUCAGUGGAGGUUGUUCGCAGAAUUAGAAAGGUUGUCGAUGAAAUGUCGGAGUCCAGUGGGAAACCAAAGUUAUUGGCAGUUGAUGCUGGUAAUACAGGAUAUGGUAUUAGUGAGAAGGAAGACCCUUCCAUGCAGUAUCUCGGGACGAAAGAUUCGCCAGCAGCACAUGUAGUUGUAAGCCGUCAGUUUGUUAAGCAGCGUGGUUGGAAAGCAUCUCCAACUAAUCCUCUCGUGAUAAACAACAAUAUUUUGACGUAUGAUAUGCUAAGUGUGGAUGACAGAGAUUCCAUGGCUUUGGCAGCUGCUUCAACUACUGACCCUAGACAGUCUGAUCUAGUUGCUUUGGCUUCUACGUUUCUGCUUCCAGGCACUUGUCUACUGUAUUAUGGUUCGGAGUUAAAUGAGGAGACGAGAAACACCAAAUUCACUGUCGAUUUUUACCCGUUUGAUGAGAAGACUGUGUUCACUGGCUCUAACGAAACUGAUGUACUUUUAUCUCAAUUAGCCAUGCCUUGGGAUCAAUCUGGAGUUGGUUUUUCGGCGAUGCUAUCAAAUGUUACUUCUUUUACAGAAUAUUUGAAAGCCUUUAAAUUUAAUGAAACAGUCGAGUCCGCAACAUCAAGUGGUCGUGGGAUUACUUCUCUCUCACUUGUUCAAGAUCUUGUAGCGAUCCGUAAAAAUGAAAGCUUGCUUGGGGAGGUUUCAGGAUGUUGCAACCCAGUCGCAUUACAGAAGAGUUGA